AUGAGGUGGAGUUCCUACACGGGCGGCGGCGUGGGCAACAGCAUGGGCGUGCACUUGGGCGGCAUGGGCGGGCUGGGCGGGAUGAGGGACCGCCAGUCCUUCGCCCCGUCGCCAGGGUCCGCUGUCCUGGUCAUCGAGGCCGCCCGCGCCUCCGACGCCCACGCCUACACCUGCACGGCCAACAACACGCUCGGGGUGGACCAGAUGAGCGUCGAGGUCCUGGUCGAGAGUCCUCUGAAGGUGACGGUGAUCCCGCGGUCUCUGACGGCGGACCUCGGCGGAACGGCCACCUUCUCCUGUAGCGUCUCCGAUCCAGCGGCCACCGUCUCGUGGUACUACAACGGGUCUCCCGUGGUGGGCAGUGGCCGAGUCGUGGCAGCGGGUCGUCAGCUGAUCGUGUCAGGUGUCAACCGCGACGACCCGGGCAUGUACCAGUGCCAGGCGAUCAGAGGCACCCGGGCGGCACAGCAGGCGGCGCAGCUCAUGCUUGGAGACUCAGCCCCGGUUCUACACUACCGGUUCAUCGAGCAGACCAUCCAACCCGGGCCGCCCGUGUCUCUGAAGUGCUCUGCGGGCGGUAACCCCACGCCCACCAUCACCUGGACCCUCGAUGGCCUUCCCAUCCCUCAGACAGAAAGGGUCGUCGUGGGAGAGCAGCUGGGGACGCGCUCGGAGGUCGUGAGUCACGUCAACGUCUCCCACACGCGAGUGGAAGACGGCGGCCGCUACGAGUGCGUGGCCACGAAUCGCGCUGGAUCCACGGCGCACGCGGCCAACCUCAACAUCUAUGGCUUCCCCGUAUCGCGUCCUCUGGCCUCCGUGACAGCCGUGUCGGAGGAGAAGCUGCACCUGCGCUGUCCUGUGGCGGGCUACCCCCUGCACUCGUUCGCCUGGACGAAGGACGGCGUGAGUGUGGACUCCGACCCAGGCCGCAUUGUACAGGCAGAUGGGACCCUCGUGGUGGAACACGUGAGGCGACCCGAAGACGCAGGCGUUUACACGUGUACAGCGUCGACCAAGCCCGGUCGGUCCGCCACGGGGUCUGUGCAGGUGUCAGUACGUGGAAGGCCAAGAAAGCUGAGAGAUGUAUUAGAAUUAAAGGUCAGGCGAUUACCGUUAGGGCCCAGUGACCCGCAGGCGGGUGCAGGCCACCCACUAACAGCUAAUGAGAGGGACCGCUGUCCUUCAGUCCCCCCCAAGAUAGCCCCGUUCGCGGCGCGCGAGUGGGUGGUGGCGGGCGAGCGCCUGACGCUGACGUGCACGGUGUCGCGGGGGGACGAGCCCCUGUCGCUCUCGUGGCUGUGGGACGGUGCUCAUCCUCAACGCCUUCAACUCCGUGCUGACGGUGGAGCAGGUGGAGCAGCGCCACGCCGGGGUCUACACGUGCGUCGCCGCCAACGCCGCCUCCGAGGCCCGCCUGUCCUUCUCGCUGACCGUUCACGGUACCGUCCCGUCUUGCCCCUGGCUCGACCUCCUUCCUCAGCCCUUCAUCUGUGUCAUGACCGAGUUCUUAACCUUUGUGUUUUAUCUGCCCCCCCUACAGUUCCCCCUCGUAUUCAACCUUUUAAGUUUCAAGAGGGUUUGUCGGAAGGCAUGCGAACGCGUGUGGUUUGUGGCGUGAAUCAGGGUGAUGCUCCUCUAAAGCUGGAGUGGCUCAAGGACGGGCGGCCUCUCUCUCUGGGAGGGCCGCCCAACGUUCAGGUCAAGGUCAUAGACGCGUUCUCGAGUGUGCUGGCCAUGAGUUCCCUGACGGCGGCGCACUCGGGGCGCUACACGUGCGAGGCGCACAACGCAGCGGCGGCGGUGCGCUUCACGGCCUCCCUCAGCGUCCACGGUAAGGUAGUGGCGGUGGCACAUGGCACCGCACAGCACCGCACCAUAGCACACCUCACAAUUAUUAAUGAAAAAAGAACUACCCAGAAUAAGGCAUUUGUAAAUCAUCAAUACGUAGGAAGCAGCUUAAUGCUCUUUGUCUUGAAAAUAGAAAUUCAUAUUACUUUCCGGAGGCUGUUGUGCGAAGUGCGAAGUCCUUUAUUGGGGCUUGUGCCAACGCGUGCUCUAAGGCCCCCUUACCCUCCUAAGCCCUACUGGUGUGCUAACGAUGUGGUUCCUCCUGCAGUGCCGCCGUCGUGGGUCCUGGAGCCGGCAGACACCAGGGUGAGCCGCGGACAUGCCCUUGUGGUUGACUGCGUGGCACGAGGUCACCCUGAGCCCUCCGUGACCUGGAAGAAGAAGGUCACCAGAGAAGGACAGAGCACCGGCUCAGACGCCUUCCGCAGCGUAGAGCUCGUGUCCCCCCGCGCCGUGCAGCUCUCCAACGGCUCCCUCUACAUCGCCCGCGCCGAGCCCGAGCACUCCGGCACCUACGUGUGCCAGGCGGCCAACUCCGUCACGCACCUGUCCACCACGGUCGCCAUCGCCGUGAACUCCGCGCCCUACUUCACUAGCGGCAUGCCCUCCGUCGACGUGCGCGCGGGCGAGCUCGCCAACCUGGAGUGCCGCGUGCGGGGCGACCCUCCGCUCACCGUCACGUGGGCGCUCAGGGGGGCGUCGCUCCACCACUCCCCCAAAAACCCUCACUAUCACCCCCUCUCCCCUUCUCCUCCCCCCUCCCGCAGGUAUGAGGAGACCGUGAAGGUGGCUCCCGGAGGCGAGACGGUAGCGAGGCUGACCGUGAGCUCCGCCGCACAGGCAGACGCCGGAAUCUACACCUGCACCGCCCACAACGCCUACGGGAGGAACUCUCACACCGUCCGCCUCAACGUGCAUGAGCCCCCCUCCGCCCCCCGCGGCCUCCGCGUGGUGAGCGAGGGGUCGCGGGCGGUGCGCGUAUCGUGGGCGGCCCCCGACCCGCCGCCCACCUCGUACGUGGUGCAGUUCCGGCGCGCCCUCGAGGGAUGGGGCGAGGCGCGGGAGGUGUCCGUGUCGGGCGAGAGCGUGUCGGCGGGCGUGGAGGUGUCGCCGCUGCUGCCGGCCACCGACUACGUGGUGCGCCUCGUCGCCGUCAACCACCUGGGCAGGUCGCCGCCCUCGGAGGACCUGCGCCUCACCACGUCCGCCGAGAAGCCCGGCGCGCCCCCCAGGGACCUGCGGGCGGAGGCCACGGGGCCCCGCGAGGUCAGGGUCUCGUGGCGCCCCCCGCCCAGGGACCGAGCGUACGGCAUCAUCCUGGGCUACUACCUCGGCUACACGCCUGUGCUGCUGCAGAGCAGCGCCUCCGGCAGCCCCCAGUACAACUUCACGACGGUGGAGAGCUCGGAAGGCGGACGUUCCGGGCCUGAGGGCGAAGGCACGUGGAGUGUGACGGUGAGCAGCCUCGACCCACACACCGACUACCACGUGGUCGUCCAGGCGUACAACACCGAGGGUGCGGGGCCGCUUAGUCCCCCGGCGACGGUCACCACGAGGGAGGACGCACCCGGCGGAGCUCCCCAGGAAGUGAGGUGCACAGGCCUUUCCUGGGACAGCGUGCAGAUCAGCUGGUCUCCCCCUGAACCCCACCUUCAUCACGGCACGCUAAGGGGAUACAAGAUCGAGUACGAGCGGUGGGACGGCUGGAGCGAGGCGAUCAAGAAAUCCCAAACGACGGCGCAGACGGCGGUCCUGACGGGGCUCGAGGCGGCCACCAACUACAGCGUGCGGGUGAGGACGUUCACGGGCGCCGGCGAGGGGCCGUGGGCGGCACCGGCGCUCUGCACUACCGACGAGGACCUACCCGGUCGACCUGGUAGCGUCAGGGGCGUGGUGUCAGGACCUGGUGCCUUUAUCGUGUCGUGGGCGCCGCCGAUAAGACCUGGUGGGCGGAUUGUCUCCUAUACGGUUACUUGGAGGGUUGUGGGCGCACGUAUGGGCGGCGGGCACGGGCGUGAAGGGAUCAUCACGGUCGCUGGCAGUGUGACGUGGGUGCAGGUGGACAACGUGCUGGGCAGCCUGGUGGAGGUGGAGGUGGUGGCGUCGACGCGCGUGGGCGAGGGGCCUCCUGGCGCCACCCGCGUCACCAUCACGAACACGGUCCCCGCCGCCAUCUACUCCCACUCCGCCUCCAUCCGGGCGGAACGCGGGCGUGACGUGACCCUGCCCUGCGGCCACGUGGGGCAGCCGCGCCCGCACCUGGUCUGGAAGUACCAAGGGCGGCCCGUGGGCAGCGAGGGGCGCAUGGUGAAGGGCGACGGCGGCCUGGUGGUGCAGGAGGCGCAGAGGCUGGACUCAGGGAACUACACGUGCACGGUCACCAACGAACACGGCACGGACCAUAUCACGUACUCCCUCACCGUCCUUGGUAGGUUGCUUUGGCUGUGUGGGCGCUGGGUGGAGGAGGGUCGGCGUUUGAAAGCAAGGUCCUCAUCUGUGUCCGAGCGCGCGUCUUCCAUUGAAGCAGGGACAGGCGGUGCUCCCAUCACGGGCUACACGCUGUACUACCGCAAAGACCACGGAGCCUGGACGCAAGUGCACGUGAACCGGCAUUCCAGCUCUUACACCCUCACCGGCCUCGAGUGCGGGUCGCGUUACCACGUCUACGCCGUCGCCCAUAACGCCGUCGGCUCGAGCACUGCCAGCACCAUGGCCGUCGUCAGGACAAUGGGCGGCGUCCCUCAGCCUCCGCCCUCCGUCCAGUUCUUCACGCCCAACUCCUCUAGCGUCACGGUGUAUCCAAGGGCUUGGGUGGCUCGCGGCUGCCCGAUCACGCACAUGGUCCUCGAAUACCGGCAGAAAGAUGACGAGCAUUGGGUUCAAGUGUCGAGCGGAGGCCCCCAGGACAGCCGGGUCGAGAUCGGAGGCCUGAUGCCCUCCACGGCCUACUCGCUACGUGUGACAGCCGUGGCCAGCGCAGGGUCCAAAAGCCAUACGUACACCUUCACCACACUCACUGCAGCAGGAGAGCUUCCUCCUGCCUGGGUCGGAAGGGCGUCUCCCCAGUGGCUCUCCGUCAGGGUGCUUCUCCCACUGCUCACUUCGGUGGUUGCUCUCGCGUCCUCCCUCGCCCUCGUCUGCUACUGCGUCAGGAGAACCUCCAUGUCCCCCUGGCGUCGUCCUAAUCCUCCUCCCUCCGUCGCGCACUUCCCAGAAACGUCUCCUGUGGGCGGAGGCGACGGCGACGGCGACGGCGACAGCGAGGGCACGGGCCGCGGCGCGAACACGGCAGCGAGGGACAACAAGCACAACCUGGCGCAGAGGGAGCAGUAUUACGCCACCAUCAGGAAGGCGCCCACGAGAGACCAGCAGCCCGACCGGGUGCCAGAAAAUGCAGAGGAUAUCUACCCGUACGCCACCUUCCAGCUACCCGAUCCAGCGCCCCCUGACCCGAACCACAUCCCCAUGUAUCCGAUUUACCAAAAACCCCGCAAAAGAAAAGGUAUCCAUGGCAACAAAAUCUUACGGACAUAA